AUGAGAUUUGUGUUUGAUGAGGUUUUCAAUUCAGAUAUUGAUUCUGCAGAAUUCGAGGAAACAUGUUCUACAACAUCUUCUGCGUCAUCGCAAUGCCCUACACCUGAGUCGAGCCCAGUAAUGAAGUUGCCUUUAUUCACGAGCGCUGGAGCCAAGAAAUUGGUAAAAGAGUCAGUGGUGAUGUUAGAUCCUGCUCUAGAAAAUGCCUUGCGCGAUUUGAAUCUUCAAUCCAAACUAAUUCCCAUAAAUGAGCCCAUUGUAGCCGCGUCAUCAAUAAUGGUACCGCAUUCAACCAAUAUACCAGUACGGAAACCACCUCAUUCGUCGCCAGCAGGUAGUAGUAAGAGCUUAAAUGCGAGGGCACCCUUGCUCGAGGCGAUAGAAGACUCUUUCCAAAGGAAGAUGAAAAAUUUAGUGCUUGCAAAUCAGAAAGAAGUUCAAUCUAUCAGAGAAAAUAAACGUCGUGUUGAAGAGCAACGUAAACGAAAAGAGGAGGAAGAGCGCAGGCGUAAAGAAGCUGAAGAAAAAGCCAAACGGGAGCAAGAAUUAUUGCGCCAAAGGAAGGAUGAAGAAGAACGCAAACGCAAAGAAGCUGAAGCAAAGCUAGCACAGCAGAAACAAGAGGAACAAAGGAAAAAAAUAGAGGAACAGAACGAAAAAGAAAAACAAUUGAAAAAAGACCAAGAAGCCAAAUUGUUGCAGCAGAAGGAUAAAUUGGGUAAAGCAGUUACAAACUUUGAUAAAAUCUCCAAAACAUUUUGGCAUUAUAAGGAUAAAAUUGCUCAAAUAAAGCAAGAUAUAGUUCUACCUAUAAAGAAAGCUGAUGUGAAUGUAAGGAAUUUGCUUUCACGUCAUAAAAGGAAAAUUAACCCAAAGUUCGGGCAAUUAACUAAUAGCAACCAGCAACUCUUCAAAAUCCAGAACGAAUUAACACAAUUGAUAAAUGACACGAAAGGCGACUCUUUAGCGUACCAGUGGAUUUUAAACUUUAUCGCGAAAGCCGUAGUACACCAAGCAGAAACGGAAGUCAGAGUAAAACCGGAGUCUGCACUUCCCCUGGGGAAAUUAACUUUGUAUUUACUAGUUCAAUUCCCAGAGUUACAGGAGUUGUUUAUGGCAAGACUUGUUAAGAAAUGUCCCUUUGUAAUAGGAUUUACGUGUGAGAUUGAUACAGAAAAAGGCCGUCAAAACAUGGGAUGGAAAAGAAACAACGAGAAUAAGUGGGAAGAUAACACAUCUUAUGAUGAGAGGAUGGGUGGGAUCUUAUCAUUAUUCGCCAUAAUAACAAGACUACCGUUGCCCCAAGAAUUCAUCACCGCCACGAGUCACCCUUUCCCUAUCGCAUUAUCGUGGCAUAUCUUGGCUAGAAUAUGUAAUACGCCACUAGACUUAAUAACAAAUACCCAUUUCGUAAUACUCGGUUCAUGGUGGGAUGCCGCGGCUGUACAAUUUCUUCAGGCCUAUGGGAAUCAAGCCUCUAAGCUGCUAAUCUUGAUUGGUGAGGAACUGACGUCCAGAAUGGCUGAAAAGAAAUAUGUAGGUGCCGCAAGAUUAAGAAUCUUAUUAGAAGCUUGGCAAAAUAAUAGUAUGGAGUCCUUUCCGGAAAUGUCCCCUUAG